AGCGGAGAAAAAUAAAAAAUCACCGGCUACGUUUAGAUUUUGGAACGUCGAUUGAGAAUUUGGAUGCAUAUAUAAACCAACAAAAUUCUCGACAAAUAAAUCAUAGUCGAACUGACAUCCCAAGUAUCCAGUACACCCCAUUAAAAAUGAUCGCCUUCAAAAUUUUGAUCGCCGUUGCAUGCAUCGCUUGUGCGCAUGUCAUAGCUGCUGAAGAGCAAAAGAAAAUCGUCGAACAACAAGCGGCCGCCCCCGACUCUGACAGCGGCAAGGAUCUGCAAACGGCCGAGGGUACCCUCGGAGUGUACGGAGGUUACGGCGGACUCGGCUAUGGCAAUGGAUUGUACGGACACGGACUCUAUGGCGCUGGAUAUGGUGGGUUAGGAUAUGGUCAUGGAAUUGGCUAUGGAGCAGGUUACGGAGGUUAUGGUCUUGGAUAUGGCGGAUACGGGGCUGGUUAUGGAUCCAACUAUGGACACAACCACGGACACAAUCACGCCAGUUCCGGUUACACCAGCAUCAACAAAGUGAUCAGCCAUGGAUCAAAGAGCCACAGCAAUGGCCACGCCCUUGGACAUGGACAUGGAUACGGCCAUCACGGACUAGCUUAUUAAUAUUCAUCUUUCAUAAUGUAAAUUGGACUCAUAAAUCAUGGAAUACUAAUCUUUCUUCGAGACCUUG